ACAAGUGCUCAGCCAUCAAAUUUAUUCAUACCUUCAUUAACUUCCACAUCUAUGAUCCGACGUCUUCAAACCCGAAACAGUUCAAGAUCACUUCAGCAGUCGAAUUCAUCAUUCACUCUAUGUACCUCAAUCAAUUCGUCUCCUCAUGGAAUUAUCUGAAUCAUGGCCAUCGCAAACUUGUGUGGCCAAUCAAACAUUCGCUGGAGCUAGGUUAAAGUACAAUCAAAACCAAUUUAAUCAUUCGGAACCUCGUUUAGAUUUCGAAUUUGCAAGACAGAAAAGUGAACUGUUUACUCGACCGCAGGUUCCCUUACUUCAGACGUUUCCUCCUCCAGUCAAUAAGACAGAUGUACCGGAAAAUACGGACUCGUAUCGAUUGUUAGUCUCAGCUAAUGGAUAUUUACGUGAAUGUUACCCUGAAGUGGAUCUACCGAAAGAAGUGUUAUUAUCACAUAUAAUGGAAGAUCAAGAUCAAGCAAUAUCUGAUGAAAUUAGUUCAGCUUCAAAAUUGAUCGGGUUUUCUAUAGGAGAUCAAACCAGUGUUUUUAUCAGUACAGGUGGUCCUUCAUCUAACGAGUUAUAUUGUUCUGUUAUGAGAUAUCCAUUUGAGAAUGAUUCUAGUUCGAUUCCGGUUCCUACGUUUAUUGCUACUGCUAAACCUAUUAUCACUUUUCCAACUCCUAUCUUGCAAUUGGCAAAUGGUCCUUGUUUGAGCUUUAAUGGCCAAGCUUCUCUCUUGGCUCGUACAAUCCAAUCUACCUACUUCUUCGGCUCCCCUCAACUUAACAACGUCUCAGUAGAUGGAGAGGAAACUGAUUUUCAGUCGCCACCAACCAAUAUUGAUGAACCCAUACCUCUGAUCACGAUUCCUACAUCUGAUACACAGAAGGUAACACACUUGGAUGCAUGUAUCGGUACAGCGCGUGAUGGUUUCACGUAUGGUUACAUCGUUGAUAAUCGAGGAGGUAUUUGGAAAACAAGUGACCCAGAUAACGGACCUCAAUGCUUACACAUCGGCACUCUUACACUCACUGAUAACGAUGGAGAAAGGAUUGAUUGGGCUCGUUCUAGUGCAACAUUUUACCAAGACUGCAUUACCGUUGGUCUUCGUAAGUCUGUGCAAGUGAUUGAUCCACGAGCAGGUCUCGAGCCGACCACCGUUUUGUUUGACUCCAGAAACGACUACAAAAACUUGUACAGUUUAAAUGAUAAUCAUAUCUUGACUGAUAUCGAGCGACAUCCAAGUCACCUUUCGCCGCAUCUACGUCUGAUCAAUACAACCCAAUCACUGAUUGUCCUAGACGAUCGUAAACCAACUGUUCCAAUGGUUUCCUUUCCACAUCAUCGAACACAAGAUUUAACUCUGAGGAUGUCUUUUCCCUCAGAUCUAGAAAGAUUUCCUACUCAAGAGGGAUUCAAUUCUACAACUCCAAACCCUUUUGUAAUUCUAUGGUCUCGACAAAAUGAUGUAGCAAGUUUACAUUCACUUGAUAGAAAUCAAUUUGAUAAACCACCUGCUAUGAUUGGAUAUCCUACGACUGUACCAGUCUUAUCAACUACAGAAAAUAAUCCUCGGACUGGCCUUGUUCUUACAAGUUUCCCAAAUAAUAAAUCUACUUCAAAACAUCUUUCUGUUGUUGAAAUGACCAGAGAUGGAGCAUUAUGGCAACAAGUGAUUUCAUUAGAGGAUCAAGCCGAUUUAUCUGAGUCGGUCACGACUUCUUUUACACCCUCUCAAAGACGCGUAUGGGAUGAAGAACUUUUUCAAAGAGAAAAAGAGUGUAAGAUGUCAGAUCAGUUGUCACGUCAAGCGAUCACCCCCGCUACCAAAUCAUCUAUGUUAGCGGGCCUUUCCAUUAUCUGUCAAGAUUUUGAUAAGAUAUACAUAUCUAAGACAGCGCAAGACGAGAGCCAAAGCUUGUCUUCUGAUGAAGAAUCAAGACCAGCUCGUUUUCUUACUAGGCGUUUAGAUGUUCCAGAUGUUACUGAUCCACCAAUUGAUCCAGAACUUUUACGUUCUGAAUCUCGAAUAUCACAAGUAGAUUCCACCGACGAAGGUUUAUCACAAAACUCACAAUCAUUAGAAAAUAAUAACGUUAUUGAUCUGAUGCCGACACUCAGAUCGAUUCUUUAUAAUCCUAAUGAUAAACUUUUGAAUCCCGUGGAAAAUAAUCAUGAUGAAAUAGAACGAUUAAUUUCAAAUGGAAUCAAUAAUUCAUCACGUUCAAAAUAUAAAAAAUCAAUAACACAACCAGUAACUCAAAACUCUUUAAGAAGAGAAACCGAAGAAUCAGAAGAAAAUAAUGGAGUAGAUGCAGUAGAAAGAUUAAUGAGUGGAUGGAAGAUUGGGAUUCCAAGUUCUGAGUAUGAAUGGAAAGAUAUUUGUAUAGAAGAUCAAGAAGUUGAAGAAGAAGAUGAAUUAGAUACAGAUUAUGGAAGAAGUUCUAGAAGACAAACGCCUUUAUCUGGAUUACAAAGAUCGAGGGAUUAUAGUAUUGGAUUUGAUUAUGAUACACAAUUUAGUGAAGUUAGAUCAAAGAUUGAAAUUGGAAGAGCUCCUUCUAGAUCGGUUUCUAGAAAAGAACCUUCUACACCUGGUCGUAGUAGUAAGAAUCGUUCAAUGGACUUUACUUCACCUUUUACGACUCCUUUCAAAGAAUCUACUCAUCAACACCAUCAUGAUAGAUCUAGUCCUUCACAUUUACCCUCAAAUGAACCAAAUAAUUUUUAUCAAUCUCAAAAUUUACCUACUACAAAUUCUAAUGGAUUUGGUGGAUCUUUAAGUCAAGAAACUUUUGGUGGAAAUUUAAUGGCUUUUUCUCAAGUCUUACCUGGACCUCAUGGUGAUAGAAGUAAUCCUGGAGGUCAUGUAAAGAAAAAGAAAAGAGUUGGUGGAUUUUGAUGGAUUGUAUCUUUUAAUUUAAUAGGUUUUGAUUAAGAAGAGAAGUGUAUGAUUUUCUUCUAUUUGGUCAUCUUGUAAGAAAUUGAAGGAAUAUAUAUUGGAAAAAGAAGAUUUGUCUUAUUCUGUAUCUUUGAAUUUUUGAAUCCUUAC